UUUAUGCUCUAAGGAUUCAUUCAUGGAGAAAGUAGGUAAGACCUUUUGUCGGUAUGUGAAAGGCGUUUAGCAGUUCAUUUUCAAGCCAAUCAUUACCUUUGGCUAAAAUUGACAUAAUGUAUACAUUCCCUAUACAUAGAGGGACCAAUUUCUUUUGAAAUUGUAAAUUUUACAUAUUACUAGAAUAUUCUUUGUCCAUAUUGUUUAUUGGUUUCUAUUUGAAGCGGAAAUUCCCAGAGUUGUCCUUUAUUGGCGUCUCAUUAUUAAUUAAUACUAUUUAACAAAUUAUGAGAAUUUAAGCAUAAAUAUAUCAUUGAAGCGAUAACGAUACACUAAAAGUCAAUGUUUGUUUCAAAGUAAGUGAAAGCGUAAGAUUUUAUUUCGAAAUUCUGAAAAUAAAUUUGUCCAUCCUUUUGGUCAAGCAUAGUUCGUGGAAAAGUCACUUAGUCAAGUGUAGUUCAUGGAAAAGUGGGUGUAAAAAGCCUUUGGGAUUGAUAAUAGCUAUUAAAAUAAAACACUCAGGGCUGUUAAAGAUGUGAAAAAGAUCCUUUUUCAAAUAAAAAGAACUCCGGUUUAAACAAUGUUCGGAUAAUAUUGUAGAAAAGCGAGAUAAAAGUUCGAUUAAAUUUUUAGAUGAUAUCAAUAUCAACCAAAUUAAGGGCGCCAAAAUGUGCUUUGAUAUUAUUUUAUUUAUGGAUAUAAUGGUUUUGAGAGUUGAAAAAAGAAGUGGCGGGGGGAGUGGUGGAUGCUUUAAAAUGAAUCCUGUCCCCGGGGUUGACUCUUGUCCCUGGGCGCCAAACACUCUAGCUACGCCUCUGAAAUUCCGUUAAUGUACAAGAUCUUUACAGGAUUACAUGGAUUAAAAAUUUGUUGUAAAUGUAAAGCCAUUUUAAAAAAAAAUUAAGAGACUAAAAUUGUAACACUGGUUCCGAAAAGGUGUGAGGCCAUCCUAUAUUAUAUAGCAGAUUAAUAUUUCUCCAAACUGAAUGAUGUUACAAGCGCAGACAUCACUAAAUAGAUACGGUACAUCUUUUUAAAAUAAGAAGAGUCUGAUUAACUGCUUCCUAAAUAUAAAUUUCAAGGACGUCGUAAAAUAUUGUAGUGGGUUUUUGUUUCUGUUUGUUAUUGUUUAUAUGAAUAUACAAAACAUCUAGCCUGAAAUCAGUUGUAUACGUAAACAUUGGAUGUUAAGACUUCGCAAUAGCAGCAAGAAAGUAUCUCAAAAUGCCUUCCAUUAUUUUCACGGUAAUAUCGGGUCAUAUCUUCUCGUAGGUUACAGAGUAUUUUAAUUUUUGUCCUAAAUCGCGCUUUGAAAAUAUAUGAGGCGUAGUAGGAGUUGGAUGAGAAAGGUUGGGGGAAAGGGGGGGGGGGAGGGCGAUGGUCCCUACUCGGUGACAUUUUUUUUUUCUUUAUAUGCGAGAGGGCAUUUUCGGUCAAUUGCAAAGUUGAUGUUUUUUUUUCCUGGGAAAGGGGGGGGGGGGGGGUAGAGGAUGAGGCACGACAAAGAUUUAUUUUAAAUUACUCGUGUUUAAUGAAUCCAUUUAUAAAUGAACGCAUUUAAAUUUAAGAAUCUAUAUUUUAGAAAAACCAAGUCAAGAAAAAUGAAGAGGAGCAGAUGUUUACAUAGAGUGGCUAAAACAUCAGAUCAAGAUGAUUCUCUUCUGAUGGCAGCCGAGAAAGGAUGCACAAGUGUUGUGAAUUUACUCCUUGAUAAGGGAGCCGAUGCGAAUGCGGUUAAUAUCAGAAACGGAAAAACAGCUCUGAUGUUGGCCUCAGAAUAUGGCCACGCAGAUGUCUGUCUUACGCUCAUUGAAAGAGGGGCAAAAUUAAAUGACCAUCACAGGGAUGGUACUGCUCUGAUGUUAGCCGCAUCCAGUGGGCAUACAAAAGCUGUGGAAAUAUUAAUGAAAAAUGGGGCCAACUUAUACGAGUUCGAUAGAAAUGGAAUGACAGCUUUAAUGUUGGCUUCAUUCAAUGGCCACACAGACACCGCUGAACUGCUAAUAGACGUGGGGGGAAAUGUAAAUGAGAAAGAAAAAUCAACUUCGGAACGGACUGCGUUAAUGAUGGCCUUAUCGAAUGGACAUGCCAAAACUGCCAGCUUGCUGGUGGAUAAAGGAGCAAAUUUGAAUGACCGAGACAAACUUGGAUUCAAUGCUUUAAUGGUUGCGAUACAGACGAAGAGUGUCGCCAACGUUAAAAUGCUAAUAGAGAAAGGUGCACCGGUCACUAUGAAAGAAAAUGGAACCCUGCGUUGCGCAGCAGAGUAUGAUUGUACGGAGAUCACCGAACUCCUGCUGGAAAAUGAAACAUUUUUAAACGAGAGAGAUGAACACGGCUACACCGCAUUGAUCGUUGCCGCGGCGUACAAGAGCACGCGAGCUUCGGAAAUAUUGAUAGAAAAGGGAUUAAACGUCAACGAGAAGGAUAAUGAAGGAAAGACAGGGAUCAUGUAUGCCGCCGGGUUGGGGAGAUUCUUGCUCCUGAAACACGGAGCAAAUUUAAAUGAGAAGGACAAUAUUGGAACAACAGCUCUGAUGCUGGCAUCUCGCAAUGGGUACACGGAUGUUGUAGCCGUGCUACUUGAAAACGGGGCUAGAGUAAACGAACGGACGAAAGAAGGGCGUACAGCCCUGAUGGAAGCUUCGAAACUAGGGCGCACUGGCAUAGUUACGAUGUUGAUAAAUGGAGGCGCGGACGUCAAUGCAAAAGACGAUAAUGAAAUGACCGCUUUAAUGCUCGCCGCAGCCGAAGGGAACACAAAAACCGCCAGGGUUCUAAUAGACAACAGAGCUAGUCUAGAAGACAAAGGACGUGAUGGAUCGACAGCUCUUGUUUUGGCCGUGCUAAAUAAACACCGAGAAACCAUUGACUUGCUUAUCGAAGCAGGUGACAAUACUCUUGAAGAUAUAAAUGCUGAAAAUGCGCCGGCCUGUGCCCAGGGUGAUUCUAAACCACUGGUUACCGGAGAUGUAAGGCAAGUCGCUCUCAAAACGUUUAAUCGAACUUCUGAUUCGUGGGAGGGACAGGAGCUACCAUCUUCACGUCCCACUGAGGGCUGUUCUAGGACACCAGUCGAUGGACAAGUUGAGAGAGAGUCGCCUGAGGCACCCGUGCCAAUGACUAGCUGUCACGGAUCAUCAGAUGAAGUGACGUGAGUUUUUGGAAAUCCUUAUGUGUGUGUGUGUGUGUGUGUGUGUACGGUAGCGUGAGCGUUUUGAUUAACGGUUGUGUACAGGCUGUGUCGGGUUAAACUGAAGGCAAAUGAAACAACGUGCCUGGGGGCCCCGCGCCUUUUAGGGGCCCCGCGCCUUUUUAUGUAUAGUAAUAAUGAAUUAGGGAGAGAAAAUAAAAAGUGGGGGAAACAAACAGAGCUCUAAGUACAUUUUCGGGGCCUCCUUGCACUUUUCAGUUUUGUGCCCACUGCAAUAAUAUUUUACAGUCUAUAGGUUCUUCUUCUUCUAUAUCUUAAGGGUCCACGAUGAAUUUAUUGAUCAUUUUGGCUCCUGUGCAUGUAGAUAGGAUUUGCAAUGUUUCUGUUCCUGGUGUUGAUGAGGAAAUUUCAAUGACUUCCAGUGCCACUUUGUGAGGGUAUCAUGCACUAGGGGUUUGAAUGCUUUGAGCCCCUUAAAUAUACACUUAUAAUAUAUAUAUAAAUAUUUAUGAAGAGUCGAUUUUCAAAAUGCUGUCUGUGUCUCCAUUUUUGGCGUUUUGAGAUGAUAGACUUUUUCUGCUACACAAUGAUGGCUGAAAUUUUCGGAAAAAGUAAAUAUUAAUUUUGCUAUAUAUUAAAAUAUAAUUUAGAUUAUGAUGAAAAUUGAAAUGUAGAUCAAAAUGGAUCUACAGCAUUUUGUCGCUAAGUUACAGCUGGAUGCGCAGCAUUUUGAAACGGAAUAAGAAAUUCAAUUAAGUAAAUAAAUACAUUUUAAUUAACAUUAUUCUCAGCAGCAAAUAACUCAAGUUGUUUAUAUAUAAAAAAAACCCACUUACAUAACAAAUACAAUUAAACUGUAACAUAUACAUUAUAUAAUUGUGUAUGAUUAAUGGUUUAUAUUGAUAUAUAUUAUUUUAACAGAACAGCAUUAUAAAUGCUGGAAAGUCGCUUGUAACAGUGUACUGUUUAGAGUGCUAUACGUUUUCAUAAUUUGUUUUAAUAGAUUUGAAUUCUAAACAAAAGUAAACAAGAUAAUGUUCAAUUCACAAAUCAUUUUAUUUUAAUUUAGAACAACGACACAAUAGAAAAUAAUGAAGUGUCUGAUUCAGAGUGUGCAUCAUCUUCAAUAGCAGUUUGUUUUUUUUUUUUCCAGGAAAAGUUGAUGCUUCUUAUUUACAUUCAAAUCAGAGGGCAAAUAUUUCUGUCCUUGAGCACCCUUUUCUCCUGACAUGGCUGGAUCUGCAUGUAAAAGAUUGAAUGUGUAAUAAAUAACACAGCUAACUCUGUAAAACACCUUAUUAGUUUCAUUUCCUGAACACUUCUGCUGUGUAGUAGCCAUAACCAUAAUAAUAAUGUAAAAUGAAAUGUAGUGGUUUUUUAAAUAAAGUUACCGGUAACUCACCUUGCAGAACCAUUUAUCGCGAUUACACGUCACCGAGGGGAUCUUUCCUCCGCUUGAAGGACGGAAUGAUUUGUCUUUUUCUCGUCUUCAGCUUUUCUUUUCUUUCUUUUUCGAGAUUUUAUAGUACCAAAGACUCUUUCAUCCAGGCCGUCGUUAUGCACCGUGUUUGUCGUUGUUUUGCGUCGUGAUGUUUAGUUUAGUGUGCGUGCCCAGAAUGCCUCAGAAUAGCUUGCCAAUCACACGGAUUGGUCCGAAAAUAUCUACAGCAUUUUGAUAAUAUAAAAAAAAAUUUCACACCGCGUUUUGAAAAUAAAAUAAUUUUUAGACAUAGGAUAAUAUAGGAUUAAAAUGUGUUUUGUAGAUAAACUUUAACAUGUCCUAAAGGAGCAUGGUUUCCUCUACAAGAAUAUACAGUUAUCUCAUUUUUUUUCAAAAAUUUCGGAAAUCGCGUUUUAAAUAAUCGACUCUUCAUAUAUAUAUAGAUCUAUAUAUAUAUAGAGAGAUAAUAAAUAUAUAUUUAUAUGUGUGUGUGUGAGUGUGUGUUUGUGUGUGUGCAUGUGUGCAUGCUUAUGCGUGGGUGUGUGCAUGAGUGUGUGUAUUAAGAGUGUAUAUGUGUAAAGCUUUCAUUUCUAAAAUGAGGGUUCUCGUUUCAAAAAUUUCAAGAGUACCCUUUUUUCGGGUGUUGAUUGAAAGAAAAAACCAACCUAGGUAGAGAUUGCACAAGGGGUUUCAAAAGAUCCAAACAUUCAGAUGGAAAACUGGCGUUUACAAGCAUGUAUGUACUUUUUAAAACUAAAUUAUACGUAUAUUAUAUAUAUAUAUAUAUGUGUGUGUAUAUAUAUAUAUAUAUAUAUAUAUUAUAUAUAUAUAUAUAUGUUUAUAUAUACCACACCUGCUACUUCAAAAAAGUGUCACAAAUGUAUUCCUUUUUCUUCAGUUGCAUUUCUCAUACCUACGUCCGUGAACAUGGGUUCUAUGCGGUGCAUCUGAAUUCAUAUACAUUAGGUGGCAUUUGUCACUUCUGUAUCAAUCUUUAUUAGUGGUGUUUAUCACACCUAAAUCUGUUUAAAUCACUAUUAGUGGCAUAUGUCACACUCAGAUCAACAAGAAGUGGCCUAGUGGCUACCUAGAUCAAUAACAAGUAGUGGCUUUUGUCACACCCAUAUGACACACUAUUGUUGACAAAUGGCUAGUGCCAUAGCAAAGGUUAGUGCCAUCUAUGGUGAGACAGUAUAUGUUCGUCUCCCUUCUAAAGGACUCUGCAAUUGGCCCACAAACAUUUCGCCCUUAAAUAUCAAGAAAAUACUGUCCACGCUGGGCUAGCUCCGCAACCCCGUUCUAUGCCAGUGCAUGUCUGAAUAAUCUUUGAAUCUGUAGUAUGAUCCUCUGAUGUAGCAUGGAUAGUUAUGUCAACGUUGUUGCACGAUAUAUUUUCAGCACACUCAAACCUGACGGCCUUGAUUCUGAUCACAUCCAAGCUGCAAGCAGUAGCCAUUCUAUAACCCAUGGACAUAAUACAUUUCAGUAAGCAUAUGAUCCGUUAUCUACGUUUAAUACCAUAUGUAUUGUACAAUACAGUGAGCAUAUUAACUCUUUCGAUUUAUAUAAUCUAUAAGUAAAAAAAUUAGCCCCUAUUUAUUUCAUCAUUAAUUAGUUUAUAUACCGGUAAUGCAUAUUGCUAGUUUUUUUUAAAAAACAGAUGUGUAUGGUGUUAUUGAAUCCUUCCUCUAAUAGGAUUUUUUAAUAGAAUAUUUGGUUAAGAUCAUAAUAUGUAUAACAAUUUUAAAUGUAUACGUUGUAAGACAAAGGUUACUAGACAAGUUACGAAGACCCGUUAAUUAGAAACAUGGUAAUCUUUGCCAUGAAGCUUUUUUGUUACUAUUUCAAAGGGUUUUUUGCUGAGCCAUAGAAAUAAAUAGCGAGUUUCCAAAGGUACGCAGAGCAAAAAUUGUUGAUCGAGCACAAGCUAAUGUUUUUGUACCUGAAUCUGAGUAGCAUUACUGUACCAUCUUGUCCCUUCAAAUAACAUGCAGCGUACAAUUCUGGUAGUUGCUCAAGAUUAUUUAAAUGGGGUGGAGAAAACUUGCAGCACUUCCUACAGAACCUACGAAUCGGCCAACGCAUUAUUUUUACAACGAUUCUCAGCACAAUUAUUCAAAUAGGUUGUGCUGUUGUUGUUAGUUAACGGUACCUUCAUCUAAUUCUUGCAUAUGUUCGGACAUAUCAGGUAAAAUGUUCUGGCGUUUCGUCUCAUAUAUCGCAAAUGUGCUCCACCCAACCCUGUCAUGAGAGCAUUGGGCAUGCAUUCGUUUUAUGCACGAAAUUCGAUGCUCACGUUUUUAGCUCGGGUUUCUUUGAGACUCACUUCUCCUGUCUCGCCCUGGGUACCGGUACUGCAGCUGUGCUUAUAUGGGCCGUUUACUUUUACAUCAAUGUAAAAUGUGCCGAAGGUAGUAGACCCACGGUAUAUAAAGAUUUUCAGAUGUACCUGUCGGUGAUGGUGUGGUUUUGGAAGUGUGUCCUGUAUUUCCUUUAUUUCUGUUGGUAUCAUUUAAGACGUAGUCUAUUCCAUAUUAGAUAUGAUGGCGAGUUGUUACGUUUUAGACUUUAUAGCUCUAAAACUUAACACCUUGCCAUCAGACCUGAUAUGGAAGCAUUUAAGAACAUGAGAAGACGAUGACAAGAAGAGAAUGUUCCAGGAUGCAGCAUCGAUUCUUUACACUUACGAAAAGGAACUUCAUUGCUCAUUGAACACUAUUAUAAGAGUGAAAAGUUUCAGUGAGCAGUGGAAAAAUUCAGUGAGCAGUGAAAAGUUUCAAUGAGCAGUGAAAAGCUCGAGUGGACAGGUGAAAAGUUUCAAUGAGCAGUGAAAAGCUCGAGUGGGCAGGUGAAAAUUUCAGUGAGCAGUGAAAUAAUAAUGAGCAAUAAAAAAAAAUUAUAUAGCAGCAUUAAAAAAAAAAAAAGAUUUAUUUUCUAGAUAACGCUGUGUGUAAUAACAUUAUGAUAUAUCAAUAUCACACUGCCAUUGUCAACAACAGUUAAAUAAAAAUACUUGACAUUUCUCAAUUACCUCCUGAUACGAGUAAAGUUAUGACUAAAUCAGAAAUAAGUACUAUUUUUGCAUUGUCGCCAAUCUGCUAUCUUUUAAACUAUGCCUUGUUAAUUAAGAGCAUCACUUUUUCGUUCCAGAUUCAUCUUCAUAGAUCAAGCCAAGACUUUGAAUUGCCAUAAUUCAGCUGAAGUGAAUGUUGAAAAUGCAACUAAUGUUGUGAACAAUUAGCAGGCUUAACAGAAACAUUUUGUUUUAAAUCUAUUUCUGGAAUUAAUCGCAUGUAGGUACUAAAUGAUUAAUUUUAAUGUAAUCUCUCCAUGAACGCCUUCAAGGAUAUUAAAACAAUAAAUUCUACCUUUAUGUAUUCAGUAUGUCGCUCUAAUUACCGGUAACAUUUCUUGUAUUUGCAUGCAUAUUAUGUUAGGCGUUGUUCCAAUUUCUAGGAUCAUAACACCGUGAUGUCAUGAAGGCAAACCUUAUUCACAAGAAAUAAAAAUGUCUCAUCUUGGUACAUCAUUCGAAGAUAAAGAUGAACCAGAAUCACUUUAAGUUAAAAUUAGCAUUGUUGAAGUGGGAUCUCCUCUUUGUUUUGCCUGCUUCCCUUCUUAGAGACGGUCAUCGUUUUUACAAGGGAAAUUUGUUAUAUUUCAUGACUAUGUUUUAUUUCAUGAUAAGAAGACAUUCUAUUAUUUCAUUAUCAUUAUAAUAAUUAUUAUUAUCGUUAGAUAUAAGAUGGCUCAAAUUAUAAUACAUUUUUUGUUUUAAAAAAAAAAAAAAGCAAAUGCAAUAAGUCAGUGUGAUUACACCUUCGGUAAUGGCAACAAAUAUUAAAGUAAGAAAUGCAAUCGAGCAUUAUGACGUUGCUCCUUAAACAAUGGCGCCAUGUAGCAUUAAGCUACAAAUCAGGUGCCGCAGAGCAUAACAGAAACGCCCGGGUCAAUAUUGCACUCGAAGAUUUUUUCUAUUGUUUUCUUGCACCAACUGCAUUAGAACAUUUCGUACCAGAAUCGGUCUCAUCAUUCAUCUGUGCACCCACAGAUAUAAUUAUCCUCUGCACCAAUCCGAUGAUUAAAAUGAUUAUAAAAUAUAAAUAUAAUAUAAGCUCAAAUAACACUAACUCGAUCAGUGAUGACGAGGCCUCAAGACCAAACCCAAUG